CACCGAUCAGAUCAUGCAGCAGGCUCCUUAAAGAAUAUUGAGAAUAAGCAUUAACACCAAGUUGCUCGUUCAUCCGUCUAGGGUUACACUGGGGAAUGGUGGCUGAUCCGGGGUUGACUCCCUCUGCGCCAACCCACCGAGGAGGUGUCAUCCGCAAUCCCUACCGGGAAUAAACCCCUGGAGCAAGUCUGACACCGGGUCUGAGCGCUUUUCCGCAAGCUCCUGCUUGACUGAGAAACGGGUGUGAACUUGUCCGUUGCAAUGGAUGUGACAGAGCUAGGUAUUCUUGGGGGUAAACAGUCACUGUACUUUGGAGACACAUAGCGAGACACACGGCAAUAAAGACCUUGCACAUUGUCCCCCCUUGAAGAAGGGCUGGACGAGUCUUCUGCAAAAAUUUUCCAUGUAUGGGUAGCUGAGUGACUGCCGUACUGGUUCCUGUUCAGUCUCAUUUCCCACAUUAUUCGCCAUGAAUUCGACGUCAAACUACCCUCCGGGGACCAAAUUCUGGGAGACGCCCGACUGGGCCGGUGGAACACAGGCCAAACUCAACAUUGCCUUGAUCGUCAUCUCAGGCUGUUUCUUGGCGAUACGUCUGUACGUCAGAGGCUUCAUGACCAAGUCUCUUGGCGUGGAUGAUCUCGUGGCAUCUCUGGCAUUCUGCGUCAUCACGACUCAGUCCGGGUUCAAUAUUCACCUCAAGGACUGUGGCGCCGGCGCCCACAUGGAAUUAAUCCCGGAGCCGCUGCUUUUGAAGUUCUUCGAGGGCCUGCAAAACCUGAAUCUCCUGUACUUUUGGGGCGUUGGCCUUGAUCGACUGGCCGUCCUCGCCUUCCUCCCACGGUUGCACAAAGACAAGAUUUUCCUUCUCCUUGUCUACCUUGUAUCCGGCAUGGUGGUCAUUUCUACCAUUACAUGCUUUUUUAUUAGGCUUUUCCAUUGCAGUCCCGUUAAAGACGGCUGGCUCCCCCCACUGCCUGAUCUGAAUUGUCUUCCGCAAUCGAGCAUGGACAUGAUGAUGAACGGACAUGGUAUUCUUGGCAUCAUCUUUGACAUUAUGUUGAUGGCUCUUCCUAUAUGGGUCAUCUACAAGAAGAUGCUGUGGUCGCGAAAGACAUUCCAGGUCAUUGCCGUCUUCAGUGUGGGAAUCUUUGUCGUCAUCACUGGCAUCAUUCGCCUGUACUACAUCCGAACUAUGGACUGGGGGACUGAUUCGACAUUCAAGAUGGCUACGAUCGGCGUGUGGACCGACCUGGAGUCCCAUGUUGGAUUCUGGUGUGGUUGCUUCCCGUCGCUCCAGCCCAUUAUCCGAACCGUUGCCUUCAAACUUGGGUUACGAAGCGCUCUCAACAGCUACCCUACGGGAAAGCCCACCAGCAACAGCAAAGGACUAAGUUCAGCAUCAGCAGCCAUUCGAUCCAAAGGCGGCUAUCUCCGAAAUGGCAGCGGUAUCGAUGUCGAUGCGGAUAUAACCGAUACUAAUAAUAGCCGGGAAGGCAUCAUGCCGAGUCCGAACAAUUACGAGAUGGGGAAAUACGGAGAGAUUCGCAAAGAGACUACCGUCAAGAUACAGGUUAAGGAAGAUGACUCAAAACCGAGGAAACGAGAAGAAAGUUGGGCGGACAUUUAAAGCCAGAGGACUAUAGUACCUAGGACACGACUUUGAUUCUCAAGGAGACAUCUUUUUUGUCUUUACCGCUCCUGUGUAGACCUUAAUUGCUAAUUAACACCCGAUAUCUCG